GAAGAAGACAAACUGAGGAAUGGGAUGAGAUGGUGAAAGAUACGACAGCAACGUUUAUACUGGAGUCUUUUUGGAGACUCGUAUCUUCUGCGAUUCAGCUGCAAAAAUGUCUUUAGUUCACCCCGAAACGGAGUUCAUGAACGAACAGUUAACUUCCGCCGAAGAAACACCAGCAGAGUUCAAAACAAUCAUCGUAAAGGCCGAAGAGGAGGUGGAUGAUCAGCGCAGGCUGCUGGAUUUAACCCGAGCACCCCAGAUUAUCUUACACCGAGUAGACUUCCUGCAUCCUGAUGAUGUGAAGGAGGAGCGUCUGUUUAACCAAGAGAACAUCUCUAAUUUGGACCAGGAGGAACCAGAAGCCCCGAGGAUAAAGGAAGAGCAAGAGGAGCUGCCAUGUCAGCAGAUAAAAGAAGAGCCGGGGGAUCUGGCACAUCAGGAGUUAAAAGAAGAGCAGGAGAGUCAGGAAAUAGAGCAAGUCGUGGUGAAGUGGGAGACUGAUGUCUUCAUGGUGACUCCUACAAACAAUCACGAAGAAUCAGAAAGAGAUGAAGAGCUGCAGCAAAAUAAUGAUGAGCAUCAUCAUAGUACAAAACAAAAUCAACUCAAUGAAACUCAAGAUAAAAAUGUGCUUUCUUGUAGAAUUUGUGAUGAAACGUUUACUGAAAACAUUUUAUUGAUGAAACACUUGAAAAUUCACACAGAUGAGGGACUUUUUUCAUGUAAGAUAUGUGGAAAAACUGCCAGUCGAAAAUGUCAUUUAGAUGUUCACAUGAGAACUCACACAGGUGAGAAGCCAUUCUUGUGCAACCUUUGUGGAAAAAGUUUCAGUCAGAAAGGACAUUUAACCAUUCAUACAAGAACUCACACAGGUGAGAGACCUUUCUCUUGCAAGAUUUGUGAAAAAGGAUUCAUUGAAAAAGGUUUGUUGACUGAUCACAUGAGCGUUCACACAGGCGAGAGGCCUUUUCUGUGCAAGGUUUGUGGAAAAGAUUUCCGUCUAAAAGCUGAUUUACGCCGCCACACGAUGACCCAUACUGGUGGGAAGCGUUUCGCUUGUGUGAUUUGCUUCAAAACAUUUUGUCGUAAAGGCCGUUUGACUCUUCACAUGGAAAGUCACACAGGUGAAGACCCUUUCUCGUGUAAGAUUUGUGGAGAAGGUUUCUGUGAAAAAGAUUUUUUAACUGAACACAUGAAAAUUCACACUGGUGACAGGCCUUUCCCUUGUAAGAUUUGUGGAAAAAGCUUUAGUCGAAAAAGUAGUUUAACCGUUCACGUGAGAACUCACGUUGCAGAGAAGCCUUUCUCCUGCGAGAUUUGUGGAAAAGGCUUCUGUGCAAAAGCUUUUCUUAAUCUUCACAUGAGAGUGCACACAGGUGACAGGCCUUUUUCUUGUGUCAUCUGUGGAAAAACCUACACUCAAAAAAAUCAUUUAUCUGUUCAUUUGAGAACUCACACAAGUGACAGGCCUUUCUCAUGCACACUGUGUGGGAAAAGUUUCCAAUACAAACAGUCUUUAACGGAACACCUGACUAUUCACACAGGUGAGCGGCCAUUCUUGUGCAAGGUGUGUGGAAAACGUUUCCGUGAAAAAUGCCAUUUAACCGUCCACAUGAGAAUUCACACGGGUGAAAAACCUUUCUCAUGCAAUGUUUGUGAUAAGCGUUUCUGUAAAAAAUGCCAUUUAACCGUCCACAUGAGAAUUCACACGGGUGAAAAACCUUUCUCAUGCAAUAUUUGUGAAAAACGUUUCUGUAAAAAAUGUAGUUUAAUUCUUCACAUGAGAAAUCAUGCGAGUGAGAAUUCUGUCUCUUGCUAGACAUGAUGACUCAUAAAGGUGAGAAACAUUUUUGUGUGUGAUUUGUGAAAAAUGUUUGAAAAAAAGUUGACUUGACUGUGAAAAUCAGCAGUUAAAAAAGUAAAUUAACUACAUUAUUUAAAUAGUCAACAGGAAAGCUUUAUUAGAAACAAACUAGAAAAUAUCUCAAACAAAAACCUUUCUCACAAAACACUCCUGUCAGAGAUCAUUUCCUCUCAGAUCUUCUUUUGUCAUUCAUAAGUCAUAAAUCAAGUGAGCAAUAAAAAAUGUCAGGAAACUAAUGAAAGGUUGAAAUGUCUGAUACUUUAAGAAACUGUUUCCUGGUGUCAGUUUUCAAAGUUUGACCAUAUAGAUAAAAUGUAACUGUUUUUCAAGGAAAAAUCACUAAAAUCUGCAGCUCCCCUUCUGAUAAUGUAACCUUUGAACUUUAAUUGACGACAUUCAGGUGUAAAAUUCCUGCUGCAGUUGUUUUUCGUGUAGAUUUUCAUCUUUUUGUGAUGGAUCAAUGCCAAAAUUUAGCUUGGAGACAUAAAAACGUUAACUUUUUUUCUCUCUUACUAACAGUUUUUGAGAAGUGAAAUUAAUCAGGGUAUUAAAAUGUCUGUACUUGUGCAGCAUUUUAUUUAGUCGUGAGGACUCUGAAACGCUUUACUCUACAUUAAGUCAUUCACUCAUUCAUGCACACAUUCAGACGCUGUUGAUUUAACUUAAUGUUGACAUAAAUCUAAAGGUCUGUUUGACAAUUACUUGUUUAUUUUGAAGUAAUCACUCACAGAGCUAAGUUACUCUAAGCUAAUUCUGUGUGUUUAUAUAUGCUAAUGAGGAUUUAAACAAUAUGUUUAAUGUUUUAAAUUGCGUACAAAGCAUAUGAAUGUUAUUGGUAUGGUUUACUAAUGCUUCAUUUGUUCAUUGAGCACAGGGUUUUUUUUCUGAAUUGUACAUGAAAACCUGCACGGUUAAAGUGAAUGAAUUAACAUAAAA